GUUGCGUUUGUGGGGACGUCCCGGAAUGCCAGCGGCGCAUUGCUAACUUUAGCUUGUGACUCCGCUUCGUGCGGCUAACGUUUACCAUCGGCUGUCCUCGAUAAGGUCCCUCACAGCCCAUUCGCAUCGGAAUAACACAAUGAGGGGUGGAAGCAGAGCUCAAUGACUGGGACGCAGCCGUGGGUGUGGAUAGAAGCGGGGAACGGCUGGUGAAGGGACAUGUAUCGCAUUAUAGGCCUUUGGACUCCAGGAGUUUACGGAUUGCGACACUGUUCAAUACCCGGGAUCCGUGUGGGGCAGGGGGACCUGGCGUCACGCGCACGUUAGGAGCACAUUUGGGCAACUAAAGUGGAUUCAUUCAAUGUGGCAGUUAUUUUUGCUCCAUAAAAGUGUGUACAGUCAAAGACCUCUGCACAUAUAGACCGUAUCCCACGGUGAUAGUAUGCAAUCAAUGAAGGAAGAGGUUGUCUCCUCUGAGCCCUAUAGUGGAGAGGACAUCUUACAAGGGGCCAGCAGAGACAUGACAGGCCACAAAAUCUCUGCAGUUCCAUUCAAGGCUAAGACGCCCUGUCGCAGGAAAAGAGAGUUUAUCCCAGAGGACAAGAAAGACAACCUGUACUGGGAGAGGCGUCGCAAAAACAACGAGGCGGCCAAACGCUCCAGGGAGAAGCGCCGCAUAAAUGACAUGUUUCUUGAGAACAAGCUGAUGGCCCUCGGAGAAGAAAACGCCUCUCUCAAGGCUGAGCUGCUAUCACUGAAGCUGAAGUUUGGCCUUGUGAGCUUGGCUGCGUACACUGAAGAACUCCAGAAUUCAUCCAGCUCUGCCAAUGCCAACCUCUACCAGGAGUUUGUUCCACACAUCGCCGGCCAAAGUUCUUCCAGCAGCGGGUUAGAGCCAUAUCACUUGCGCAGCAGCUGCAUAUCAGUUAUCAAGCAUUUGCCUCACAUGCCCGAGACUUAUACAGCAAAUCACAGAAGCUCUGGUAUCUGCAGGACUGCAGGUGUCAAGCAGGAACUAGCAGCGAACAGCAACUAUGAACAAGUGAGAAGCAGUCCCUACGAACUCUACAGGAGCUACAUCGCAAGCCCUUUGCCUGGAGUCUACUCCCAGCCGGCUUCGCCCAGUAACUCUCCCAGGAGCUCAGACGAUGGGGCUGUGAGCAAAUUAUCAGAUUGCGAUGACGAGCAGCAGGUCCCCAAAGGGUUGGCGCCGUCUAUAACUAACCCGAAAAGCGUUAUCGUCUCCACACACAAAGUGCCAGAAGCCAGUUCUUUGCCACAUAAACUGAGGAUCAAAGCCAGGAGUGUCCCAAUCAAAGUGGAAGCUGUCGACCCUGAAUACGAGUCCUCUGGAAAGUCCUCUUCACCCGUCAGAGGAUUAGAGGGAGGAUGCUGUUGGGCCACUCUGAACUCUUACUCCCCCCCCUGCCCUUUGUCCUUACAGGUCACCAACAUGCAAGACUGGACCCAUCAGUCAGAGCAGUGGCAUAGGAGCAGCACUGACCCCCAUCCCUAAGAAAACUAUGACGUGAUGUGGUAGAAGUCGGUCUGUGAAACAAGUCAUUAGCCACAGGAGGUUCCUCUGCAUGCCUUUUUUGUAUUAUUUUGCAUUUCCACUGUAUUUGUUGUAGCACUCUUGUGCUUUCUGUGGGGUACAACAUUGUUUUGAUUACAGACAAUAAGAAGUGUUCAAAUAAUAGCGGUUGGUCACUCAUUCUAGUUCCAGCUGUACUGUAAGAGUUAACAUGGCCAAUUGAGUACACAAUACAAUUCCGCACUAAUUCUGUCAGUACAACAAUGAUGUCAUACUCGCCACUCCUUAAUUUCUCCACUCUAACAUACAUGCGGUUAUUAGUCAUUAGUCAUUUAUUUCAUUUGCCUCAAUAGUUUUAUCAACGCCUCAUUAAAUGCCCACCUAAAUUAUGUCCUUAAAUGAAGACACUUGAUGCUUUCUCCAUUUUCUUUCUUAGUUUCUGGGAUUAAAUAAGCUUAAAGGUAUUUAAUGUGAAAGAUAUGUGCAGGACAAGUUGUGUUAUUGUUAAUAGCACAUCGAUCAAGAAGAGGAAAAAACUUCUACUUAUUUGAGGCUUUAAGCGGAGCUUAGCCUCACAUUUAAUACACUUUGCUGCACUGGUUCACCAUUUGCCAACUAGCUCUUGAAGCGCUUUUAUUUUGAAAUAUUUUUGUUGAUUAUUCAUAGUAAACCUUCCCGGCCACUGGUUACACUUGGUAUGUGCACCACACUGGCUGGACAAUUGUGAUUACCAUCUGAUGGAGCUGACAACAACAUAGCAGGAUUUAAUAAAGCUCUCGAAUAUUUUCCAACACAUUUAGUCCUUAAAUGUGAGCCAUUUAUAGAAAAUGUACAUUUGUAUUAAUAACAAUUCUCCAGAGUUCAGAAUAAUACGCCACAAAUUAGUUUGACUUAUGUGUUAUUAACUGAUGGAAUCUAGAACUGUGAAUUAAUCAUAUGGCGUAUUUCUUCAUCUGCUAUAUAUGGGGGGGGAUUACAUUAUACCUCCACAUUAAGAUGGCUGAUUUCAGACACCCCUGGUUGAUAUUCUAGUGCAUUUCAGAGCAACUGUGUGUGCCUUGUCAUAGUUUCAGUCUCUCAUGAGGAUGCCCAGCAGACUGAGGUCCAGCUAUCUAUAUCUGAUAUCUCUAUUUCUUGUAAUAGGGAGUUUUUGUUUACAAUAAAUGUCCUGUCACUGAAUUGA